UGCUUCCUGAAACUGAACUCCUCUGCCCGCUCACCUAUAACUCAAAGGCUAUGCCUGAAGUUCUUUUGUGCAAACACUGAGAUUAGCACGUUUCUUUAAAUACACAUGCACAUACAUCAAAUGAACUGUAACCAAGUAAACUUUUUUAUUUUUUAUUCUUUACACUACAUAGCUAUUAUUAAGAAUGAAUUAGCCUCAGUAAUGAGAAAUGUGACUGAUGUACUAUCGCAACGGCAGGAUUGAGAAAGCGCGGUUUAAGACUGAAAGAUACUAGAGGCAAAUGACAGGGGAAGUGGGACAGCUUUAACAUUGCUCAACAGACACAAAAAAAAAAAAAAAAAAAAAAAAAAAGACGCAUCUGAACCCGUGAAUUUACUAUUGCCCUGUGAACAAGCUGGAGUCGCUGAACAGUGGAAUUAUCUUCCGGAGCUGAUCAAGGCUGACGGAAGGCAGACACAUUUGUCUUUUGCAACCAGGGACGUCUGACUGAAUAUCCCAGCAUCCUCAAUGAAUACUCCACGGAUUAGUCCAUAAUAGUUUAAAAUUCAGUUUCAUCGUUUUGAACCUGGGAUGGUACUUAUACUUUGAGAGAACAAAGGGAAGUGUGAGAAGAGAGGGCAGCCAGUUAGACAGACGGAGAUGAAGAGUGGAAGGAGGGAAGAACAGAGGGUGACGGAAGAGAAGAUGGAGUCGGAGCAGUCGGCUACGGUGGAGGAGCUGGUGGAGGCCUGUCUCAAUGCCUUCGAUGACGAAGGCUCCCUGAAGGACGCGUCUCUGGUGCGCAUGUUCCUCAUGAUGCACCCCUGGUACCUCCCUUCCUCUGACCUGGCCAUGAAGCUCCUGCACAUGUCCCAGGCGGACAAUUGCUCUACCAAACUCAGGAUGCAGAUCUGCCAUCUGGUCAAGUAUUGGAUCUCCGAAUUUCCUGCUGAGUUCGAUUUGAACCCGGACCUGGCGGAUAAGAUCCGAGGCCUGAGGGACCUUCUUUCCCAGGGAGGCGAUGAGAACCCAAGCUGCCUUAUCGAUAUUGAGAGCUUGCCGUCUUAUGAGUGGAAACGGCAGGUUACCCAGAGAAAUCCUUCGGUCCUCAAAAAGAGGAAGGUGUCCCUGCUGUUUGAUCACCUGGACUCCUGUGAGUUGGCAGAACAUCUCACCUACCUGGAGUACAAGUCUUUUUGCAAGAUCCUGUUCCAGGACUACCACAGUUUUGUGAUGCACGGCUGCACGGUGGACAACCCUGUCCUGGAGCGGUUCAUCACCCUUUUUAACAGCGUGUCGCAGUGGAUCCAGAUCAUGGUCCUUAGCAAGCCCACGGCGCCCCAGAGGGCAGCAGUUAUAUCGCACUUCAUCAGGGUGGCCCAGAAACUGCUGCAGCUGCAGAACUUUAACACACUGAUGGCUGUGGUGGGGGGUUUGAGCAACAGCUCCAUCGCCAGACUGAAGGACACGCAAGAGCACAUUAGCAGCGAAACCCGCAAGGCAUUCAGGGACCUGACGGAGCUGGUGACAUCCUGCGGGAACUACAGCAAGUACCGGCGGCGCUUCUCGGAGAGCGUGGGGUUCCGCUUCCCCAUCCUCGGGGUCCACCUCAAGGACCUGAUCGCCGUGCACGUGGCGCUGCCCGACUGGGUGGACCCGGAGCGCACGCGGGUCAACCUGGCCAAGACCCAGCAGCUCUACGCCAUCCUGCAGGAGCUGGCUCAGAUCCAGGCCGCGCCCCCCAACGUCGACGCCAACACAGACCUCCUCAAUCUGCUCACGGUUUCCCUGGACCAAUUCCACACAGAGGAGGAGAUCUAUCAGCUGUCCCUGCAAAGAGAACCCCGCGUUAUCCAGCCCGUUGCUUCCAGCUCCCCCCCAGGCCCUGGGCCCCCUCCCUCGGUGAUGGGUGAAUGGGCAUCUUCUGUGAAGCCUAAGGCAGAUCCCACCAUCAUCAGCAAACACAUUGAAACCAUGGUGGAGUCGGUGUUCAGAAACUUUGACACGGAUGGAGACGGGCACAUUUCCCAGGAAGAGUUUGAGAGCAUCAGGAACAACUUCCCCUACCUCAGCAAGUUCGGGGAAUUGGACAAAAAUCAGGAUGGCCAAAUCAGUCGAGAGGAGAUGAUUGAUUAUUUUACUAAAGCCAGUUCCGUGCUUAACUGCAAAAUGGGUUUCAUCCACACUUUUGCUGAGAGUAACAAUGUCAAACCCACCUUCUGCCAACACUGUGCUGGCGUUAUCUGGGGAUUUUACAAACGGGGAUACAAGUGCAAAGCAUGUGGCGUGAGCUGUCACAAGGCUUGUCGGAGUCAUCUGUCCGUCGAGUGCCGCAAGCGAACCAAGAGCACGAGCUACGAGACCCCCCGCCCCAGCCACGCCCGCUCCUACAGCUUCCCACCCCCAGACAUGCCCCCCUCCAGUCUGCAGAACACAGCCAUCAUGGAGGAAGAUGCAGACUUUGAGGAGGAUGAAGUGUUUGAUGUGCACCUCUGAUUAGUGCAGAAUGAAAUCCUGCUUGUAGGAUGAAUGAAAUCUUGCAGUGUGUAGUGCUGUUCUGUAAAUCUGCAGCUCAAUGUGUUAUAAUAUCAGGGAGGUCAAAAUGAGAGCAGUAAACCAGGUAAAGGGUCUGUAAUGAACUGCAGUGCCCUGUGAAGCCAGAUGAGGGCGAUAUUUGGAAAACAGUGUGGAAUUUUACAAAUUUUUGUAAAAAUUUCUAUGGUUUUUUUUUUUUAACUGCAUCUGUAUAUCAAUAUAAAAAUGAGAAACGAAUAAAAUAUGACAAGAACAAACAUGGCAACACAGGGACAUAAGGAAACAUAACCACAAUUAAAUAUGGGGGGGGGGGGAAUAAAACACACCCACAAUGCACACAUAUACAGCUAUGUUAUACAAAGCUUACGAAUUGUCCACCAUAACACCUCACCUCACUUCAGUCACUUCAGCCAGAGAUUGCUGACAUUUUGACACCAUGCAGUUAGGUGUUAAAACCAUGUUCUAAUCAGAAAUCAGAAAGACCCAUCAUUGCGAUUGUUUUCAUUUUUAGCCUUGCACACCUGCCAUUUUGUUCCUCAGACCACACUGUUUUCUAAAUGAUGAUUCCUGCAUGAUUCUGUCUGCUUAAAAAAAAGAAGAAAAACAUGCCCCACUUCCUGCGUUCCAGCCUGAUUGACCUCUGACCUCUGAUCUCGUCUGAACCCAACGGCCAUGCGCUUGAACCCAGCAUGAGUCAGCAUCUUCACCAGCUAAGCUGUUUGGGCAAAUGAUAUACCGUGCUAACCUCCUUUAUCUCAAUACAGACUAUAUUUCUGAGAAUACUGUGUUGUGUAACAACCUGCGGUUUACAUCUGUGAAGGACAUCUUUUCUUGCUUUCAACUACAUAAAAAGAAACCAUGUUCCAAUA